AUGAAAUCGGAAGAAGACUGCAUUUACAACAGAGAAUUUCAGUCAAUGGUAGACGGCAGUGGCAGUGGCAGUGGCAGUGGCGGCGGCGAUGGUAAAGAUUACGGUGGAGGACAAUUUAGUAAUAAAAAGAGAAGAUUAAAUAAUCAUCAACAUAAUUAUCAUAAGCUUGAACAACAAAAAGAAAGCAUAAUCAAUGAGGUGCUACCAGAUACAGUUUUACUUACUGAAAUUUGGGCAACAAAGAUGGCAUGUAUUGAGAGCACAUAUGCUAUGAUCCAAGGUCUUGAUAUUCCGAAUGUUGCCCUUCUUUGUGAAGCUGAUGUGAUUGGUAAGAACUACUUGAUCCAUUACUGA